AUGUGCCUGAUCCUGGCCGCGCAGGCCGUCCUUUUGGUCGUCCUGCAGCGCUGCGUGCCGCGGCCGACGGGCCGCGGCACCUGGCUGGCGCCGAAGACGAACGCGCCGAAGCGAGCCACCGAGCUCUGGUUUUUGGCCUACGCCGUCGUCUGGAUCGGCGCCUUCGCGUGCAUCGUGGGCUUCGAGUGGUACGAGCGCUUCGACGCUUUGGCCUACUUCCUCGUCUGCGGCGGCCUGGCGCUGCCGCUCUACGCGCAGCCGUUCCUGCUUCCCGCGCUCACGUACGACGAGCGCCGCCCGCUGGCGGAGCGGUACAGCUUCAAGGCCAACGUCUGGCUCGCCAUCUUCGGCUUCGUGGGCAACUACUGGUACACGCACUACUUCUACUCCGUGCUCGGCGCCGCGUACACCAUGCCCGCGUGGCGGCUCAACGACGUGCCCGUGGCCAUGUUUUUCGCGACGCACUUCUACUUCUGCUUCUACCACGUGCUCUCGAACGCGGCGCUGCGCAAGAUCCGCACGUCCUACGAGCCGUCGAAACGGCGCCUCGCCUUCGAGGCGGCGUCCAUCGUCGCCAUGUCCUACCUGACGGCGUUCAUGGAGACGCUCACGAUCAGCGGCUUCCCCUACUACAGCUUCGAGGACCGCGACAUGGCCUACACCGUGGGCUCGGCCUUCUACGGCAUCUACUUCCUCGUGUCCUUCCCCAUGUUCCUGCGCCUCGACGAGACGCCGCCGACCGUCGUCAACGGCGCGACGCACGACCUCUUCGCGACGGCCGUCGAGGCGCUCGCGUCGUCCAUGGCCGUGCUCUGCCUCCUCGACUUCGUCCGCCUCGCCCUCGGCAUCCCCUUCGCCAUGAAGGUCGCCGCGGCCUAG